CACCUGUUCGCGUGCCUGUUGGUUCCCUCUAUCUUCCUUUCUUGCCCCCUGCUGCGCGGCUUAGCAGAAUAGUGCUUCGUUGACCGAAGCCGGUCCUGUCGUUCCCAUCUCUCCUAAUCACCGUUACAUUUUCCGGCGCAGGACGUCUUUCAGCUUACUUGCAGUGUCUAUUUCUAUGUAUUGGCUACGCCAUUUCCUGCGAUAUUGAUCCUACAACUAUAAACAGCCAUGUCAGAUCAACUACUGUUACCAAGAACCACGUUCCGGCCAGCCUCCCCGCCAGCCCGGAGGAGGCAUGGUCGGACACUUAAUCCCAUAAUGGAGGAACCCGAACAGACGGGAGACUCGUUCGUUGAGCGGAGGAAGAACAGGCGGUCGAUCGAGAAGAUCGAGCAGUGGCUCUCACCCAUGAGCGAUCAUUUCCCCACGCCGAGAGGUCAACACUUCCUGGCUGCCCCGAUCCUCCCCGCCACCCCGUCCUGCGUGCCGAGCGACUGCGAAGCCGACCUCGACAACGACGACGCCAGUUCCCAGGCUUCUUCAUCAAACCCAUCAUUACAGUGGAAUACCAGCCACAACCGAGACAGCAUCAUGACGGAUGUAACUGAGUUUGACGACCUUUAUGAUGUUUCCGACGACGAACUUACACGACGGCAACGCCUUCAGACGAACGGGAUCAAUCGGCAAGGGAGUGCAAGGAGUCUUCGGAGGACGUCGAGGGCGUCCAUUGAGCAGCGGAGAUCCUUGGCUCGCCUGGUGAUCCCGGAGGAGCCAGUGCUCGCGGCUGCGAAGAAGCUGAUGUCACCAAUUCCACCAACGCCGCCAUCCGCAGUUGCUAUGUCGCCUGCUGUCAAGUCAUUUAUGGAGCUGCGGCAGGCACAGGAGGUUCCCCGUGUGUCUGCGCCCCCGUCUCUGGACGGUAGUAUCAACUCAGAAGAGAUGGCUCAGAUGUCUGCGCCUCCCACCCCCAUGAUUGGAGCCGAGGACAGCGAGGACGAGGAGUGGUCAGGAGUCAGGCUCCAACCGGGUGCCCUCGAAACCCUCCAGGCGCUCUCAGGCAGUGAAUCUGGGUACGAGGAGGAGCCCGCACAGGUCAUCGAGAUCCCGCAAGAGAUGACCGAGGCGAACCGACGGCCACCCAGGCUGAUCACCGGAGCCCCCCUAGCCAGAGCCGUUUCCCACCGGCAAUCUCUCGCGGGAUUGACUAAGCUCGAGAUCCCUUCCCCGGGAGGCUUCUUCUCCGAACUCUCGUCCGCGACCCGGCGCACGUGGAACGUGAGCACCCAGCCAGAGGAGGCCAACCCCCCUACUUCGACCACCGCUGAGAACUUUUACAAAAUCCCCUGGAACCGGUCGACCAACGGGAUCCCGCCGCCUCCGCCACGGCCGCUACAUCUCGACGACAUACCGUCGGCCAUUGUCGAGCGUGUCAUUGAGCUUCCCGUGAACGAGAAGGAUGAAGAUCUCCCGACGGCAAUCCGGGUGGAGGAAACUCCUGUGCCCAUCACCGCUCGCAAAGUUCCGCCAACCCCGAAGCAUUCUGAGGCCCCGGCUUCUGAGACUGCAGUCGAGGAACCAACGUCUCCGGUCGAUGUCAACGAGAUAAUCAAUGAGUAUGCUACUCAACAGGCCUCAAAGCGGGAGGAGAACGCGGUAUCACACAUGGACCGCACUCAGAUGUGGUUGGCGGCUCAGCGGGCGUACCUCCAGGGAGUUGCGGGCUUCUCGGAGGAUAGCGCGACCACGGAAGAGUCGGAGCCCGAGCUUGAAGCAGAAGACAAGGCCGAGGUGCAAUCCAAGGAUACUUCUCCUGAACCCGAAAGCGAGCUGCCCAAGAAGAAGGCUGUCCGGUUCUCCGAGGUUGUGCUCAAGCAGAACAUACCUCGCUGCCUCCCCUCGAAGCUGCUCCGCCAGGAGUCGUCCUACUACCGCGCCUUCACCGACUACAUUGUGAGGGCCUGUGCCAGUGAUGUCUUCAUCUGCCGUCACCCACGCUUCGAAGCGCUUCAAGCCCAGCGUGUCUCGCUCAGGGACGCCCACCGUAACCAGCUCCUUGGCAAGUUCCAGCUUUCGGUGGUGCCCCAGUCGGCCAAGAAACGCUUGAGCACCAACGUCGUCCGAGGCGACGACGAGAUUGUCGACGACCCGGAGAAGCUCCGCGCCGACAAGGAGGCCGAGGCCCUUUUCCAGAUGCGCAUGGCCACCUGGCAGGUCGCCGCCACCAAGCUGCUAAACGGCGGUAAGCUCAUCUCCGCGCCCGUUGCGAAGCGUCUCGCACGCCAGAGCUGUAUGGCGCCCGGCCCAGACGGUGUCAGCCGUGACCGCGCACGCAUUCUCGACCUGGCUGGCCAGGGUUCCUGCGACUGGGCAUGGCAUGCCGCGAUCCAGUACCCCAACACCAAGAUCUACACCGUCACCACCAAGGCCAUGCGCCAGCUCAGCAACAGCAACAUCCGCGGACCGCCCAACCACCGCCAAGUCGCCGUCAAGAGUCUCACCAAGCUGCCCUUCGGUGACGACCAGUUCGAUCUUAUCUCGGCCCGUGAACUGCACGCCGUUCUCAAACUCUUUGGCGAGCACGGCAUGGACGAAUGGGAUGCUUGUCUCAAAGAAUGCCUGCGCAUACUCAAACCGGGCGGCUACCUCGAGUUCGGCUUGCUCGACGCAGACAUCAUGAACGCUGGCCCGCUUGGCAAUGCAAAAGCGGUGGAGUUUCACUUUGCUCUGCAAACCCUUGGCUACGACCCGAACCCGACCCGGUCCUUCCUCUCACGUCUGAACAGAGCGGGGUUCGAGGAAAUCCGGCGGGCGUGGUUGUCUCUGCCUGUGGGGCCCAAGCGUCCUCCGCGUCCUGCCGCUUCCGUCACUCCUGCCUCAUCGAGAGAUUCCACCUCAGCCGCAUCGGUCAAGGAGCAUCGCCUCGAGGCCAUCGUGUCUGGUUCGUCAGAGAAUGUUGCCGCCAUCACAGGGGUGGCGGCCGGCUGGAGCUGGGAGAAAUGGCUGCUUCGCGCAGAGAUGGAGAAGGCCGCUGGCGAGCUGAGGCUGGCUGAUACCGUCAACCCCGGCGAGGCCAUGCACGAGGCGGGUAAGAUGAUUGCCGACGUGCACGCGGUCGUGGAGGAGGGCCGCGGGAUGGGGUCUUGCUUCCGCAUGUUGAAGGGCUAUGCGCGGAAGCCUCGACCUCUGCCUUCUCCUCCCAUGCCGACGCCGGCAGGAUUACCUACCGCACUGGCGGAAGCGGAUGGAGUGGACUUGGAUCGGAGCGGGUCGAUUCGGAUUUGCUUGGAUACUGAAUCGCUUCAUUGAAGCCACCGUACUUGGGCCGGGGGGUUAGACCGGUUACUGGCAAGAACUCGAACGAAAUGAAGGAUAUUUUGGUGUCGUCUCUUCUCUUCUGAUCACGAUUUUCUACUGAGAAUGACGUUUCCGGGGCUGCUAUCCGUAUCGCAACAUGUCGCUGCUCGCAUUGUGCAAAAGCAUCCGAGCCAUUAGAUCAUCGUGGAGUGUAAUACAUAGGUACUGAUACCCACAACCUACUACUAAACCUUGUGUCCUGUGCCUUGCGAGCAAAGCAGUGAACAAGAUAUUGUACACAAGGUGAGGUACGGAUACGGAGUACAUAGGUACCUUUAUG